AGAGCUCGCAGGACUGACGCUCCUAUCGCGAGAUUAUCACAUUAGCUCGGUUAGUUAGCUAGCCGCGUAAAAAGCUUGACUGUGUUACUCUGCAUUUUACACCUUUUCUUCUUAAAAGCACUGAGAGGACACUGCGCAUUUCUGUUGUGAUUGUCGUCUUCUCACGGCUGUAAGGAAGGAUAAUCUUCGGAGCUUGUGUUUGACCGGAUCCCAAUGAUGAGUUAUGCUGACAAGCCAGAAGACAUCACAAAAGAAGAGUGGAUGGACAAAUUGAACAAUGUUCACAUACAGAGGGCGGACAUGAACCGGCUCAUUAUGAAUUACCUGGUGACAGAGGGAUUCAAAGAAGCUGCGGAGAAGUUUCGGAUGGAGUCUGGGAUCGAGCCAAGUGUGGACCUGGAUUCUUUGGAUGAAAGGAUAAAGAUUAGAGAGAUGAUCCUGAAGGGACAGAUACAGGAAGCUAUUGCACUCAUCAACAGCCUACACCCAGAGCUGCUCGACACCAAUCGAUACUUGUAUUUUCAUCUGCAGCAGCAACAUUUGAUUGAGUUAAUCAGGCUAAGGGAGACUGAGUCAGCGCUGGAGUUUGCCCAGACGCAGCUGGCCGAGCAGGGGGAGGAGAGCCGCGAGUGUCUGACAGAGAUGGAGAGAACACUAGCCCUCCUAGCCUUUGAUAACCCAGAAGAGUCGCCCUUUGGAGACCUGCUCAACAUGAUGCAGCGGCAAAAGGUGUGGAGUGAGGUGAACCAAGCUGUGCUGGACUAUGAAAACAGGGAGUCGACGCCCAAACUGGCGAAACUCCUGAAGUUACUGCUGUGGGCACAGAAUGAGCUGGACCAGAAGAAGGUGAAAUACCCCAAAAUGACUGACCUAAGCACGGGCACCAUCGAGGACCCCAAGUGAACACAACAGACGAGAUCUACCACCUUCCACGUCCCCUUAAUUUAUGAUCAGUCAGUGACUGUGUGACAGCCAGGUAACAUAUAUGUAUAAACAAAUGCUACAUUGUUUUGUUUUUUUCCUGUUUCAUUCAUGAGAGAGAAAACUUAACUCAUUGUGCAAACUGUAAAUUGCUGUAUUUGCAAAUUAACAGAAACUUAGUUUAAAUACUGAUCCUGGAUUUUUAGAUAGAUCUCGGAGACGACAAAAAUUCAAAUUGCUGUUUUAUAUUUUGUCUUUUUAAAGCCUAAGCCAGUAGUAUUAUUUAUUGUGACCAUUUCCCCCACCAAGACUUUAUUUUGCCAGAGAGAGAGAGAGAGAGAGAGAGAGAUGAUGGUACAAAUGAACAUUAAAUGUUAAUACUGUGGCGUGUAUGGAGCCGAAAUCUGGGCUCCCCAGGAUGGAGGGGAGUACAACUGUAAUGGUUUAAACUAUGAAACAGCAGACACACGUUCGAUCACACUGAAAGAGAUUGUUUCAAAUCAGAGAGUUUAAAAUUUAAAUUUCAUACACAAAAUGUGAGUAUUUUUCAAUUAAAUGGAAAUAUACACUUUAUUAAUGUAAUAUAGUUUUAAUUGAUAUAAUAUUGUAUGAUUUGUCGUACCUUUGCAAUAUGUCUAUGGGAUGAACUGCCUUGCAAAAUGAUCAUUUCAUGUGUGUUUUAGAGGGUGAAAUACGUCCUGACUGACGGGUAUGAAAUCAGAGAUGGCUUCCUUACUGAGUUUUUGCCCCCUCGGCCUUUUCUGAGCCCCGACAUGCUCUUAAUGGUAGUGUUUGGUUUUAUGUUACAAGGGAGUUGGGAUGAGGAUAAUGUUCAGCCAAUCACAAUGAUGGAGGGAGGAUUUAUAUGUUGCUUGAGAGAAAGGGCUUCUCCGAUCAAGAAAUGCUAAAGCGUGACGGUGCCAAUUACGGCAACUCUGUAGUGUAAAAACUCUCAUAUUUAAAAUCUAUUCAGACUGAUUCUUUUGUUCUUUGUUUUGGUACUUAAUAAUUAAUCAUCAAAAGCAUUACAAUUUUGAAUCCGAACAGGCAUUUUGAAAAAAGUCGCAGAACUUGCUGUCCAUUUUGCCACUUUUAAAGCCGUUAGUAUUUUCACUUUAACUGCAUGUAAAUGUGUCUUUUUUUUUCAAUGGGGAAAGUCUCUUGUGCUUGUUUCUUUUGUUUGGUUUGUUUAUUUUUAUAUAUAUAUAUAAAAAAACAAACUUGCUGCUAGUUGUCCAUCCUUAAUUUCUUUUAAGGUUGUAUUGUCUUUAUAGAUAUUGGCUUUGACAAAUACUGAGACCCAGAGAGCUCACAUCCCUUUUAUUAUUCAACAUUUUUAAGAUCAGAUUUGCAAUUAUUAAAAUAAACAAAACUUUUGUGAACCAUA